CAUGUUCCCCGCCUCGGCCCAGAUCACCACUCCGCGGCGUUCACACCGUGCAUGAACUUUGCGACUAACAGCAGCCUCAGUGGGACUAGCCCUCCUCCAGAGUGCUGCAACUCACUCAAGUCCCUCAUGAGCAGAGCAGUGGCAAGGACUGCCUCUGCCUAAUUGUCACUGGCAGCGUCCCCUUCAACAUCCCCCUCAACCGAACCCUUGCCAUUUCCCUGCCACGCGCCUGCAACAUGCCCGGUGUCCCCCUCCACUGCAAAGCUGAUGGUGCUCCGGUUCCAGCUCCAGCACCCUCAGCCAUCGCCCCGUCUCUGUCACCUAAUGCAGCCCCUUCUCCCAGUGUUUCAGGGCUAGCUCCACCGGAGCCACUGUCUCCACGAGGCGAGGAGACUCCAGCUCCGGGCGCUGCAGGUGAACCGCCAUCGGGCACCACGGGUAGCAGGGCUGGGGUGACACCUUCUGCAGCUUACCGGAUUUCGCCUUUGCAUUUGGCUGUUUUUGCAGAUGUGGCUUUGAAGUACUAAUGAAAUGAGCUCUGCAAGAUACUGCAUCUGAUAUUCGUGUUAGACAAAUACUCUUUUACAUACUUGUGAUUGGAUUUCUGAUAUUUAUUUGUUUUUCUUGUUUGGCCACUUUGUAAUAUUAUUUGAUUGUAAUAAGAUUAUCGUUUGUUUAUUGAUA